UUAUGGGAAUCACCAUAGCGAUUGUUUCAACACUGAGCAAAAAAUGCUGUCUUCCUAAUAAUUGUUAAUUGUUUGUAAAUAAUCAGCACAUGGUCACAACUUUUAAUAAGACAAAACUGAGGCGUUGUUUAUUUCAUAACAAGAACCAAAUGCCUUAUUUAGAUCAUAGUUGUAGAUAGAAUUAACUUGUUAAACAAGUUUUGAUAUUUUUUUCUGAAAAGUAAGAUACAGAUACAAUCAUGGGGGAACGAGGAGGAAAAGCAGAUAUGGACAGAGUGGGGUUAUUUCAGGAGAUGGGAUAUGUCACCAUCAAUGACAGAUACAAAGGCAAAGGAAGUGUUCAAUUCAAUGAGGCAGCAACAAAGGGCAAACAAGUCCUGCCUGGAGGCAGCAAAACCAGGUCUGCUUUGCAGGCUGGGUAUUUCACCGACAAAUUUGGUCGUAUUAUGGAGGGAGAAGCAUUUACUGAUCCCAUAAAAAUGAGGAGGCAAGCACGGCUAAAGGAGUCACAAAAAAAUAUAGGAAAAUCGUUUUUACCCAGCAGUGGAGAAAAGCUCAUGUCUGGUUUAGGUAGUCAUUAUGGUACAUUGAGUGGACCAAUAUCAGCAUUUAGUCCUGUUUCAAAACCUGGCAAAGAAAAGAAGUCUUCUAGUAAAAAUGUUAUCACCAACCCAGGAAAGAGAGGAACCGGCUUUGGAUAUGUAGCAGUAACUAUUGGAAAAUACCCACAAUAUCAAGGAGACAAUUACGACAUGCACAAAGACCUGAACAGGAAAGAAAUAGCAGCCCACAAAAACGCUACAAAAGGUGGUGCAUUCAAACUGAACAUGCAUCCACGAGCAUAUUUUGAUGGGAACCCAUACAACUCAGACAAGCUGGCUAAGCGCAGCAGUUCUGCCACCCUCCCCUCGAAGAAGGAUGAUUCUAAACCAUUCAAACCAAGCUCUCCUGGUAAAAAGCCUGGUGGUGCCAAGAUCGGCACAUUUGAUCCGUACCCCAAGCACUCCGAUGACCCUUACAAGGUGAAGGUUCAGCGGUCAGUGAAUGUGGUGAACAAGAGCGGCCGAACCUUCAUGCCGUCACAGGGGCCCAAGACAAGGCCCAUGGUCUCCAUUAUAAAUGCAAAUGUUAUGAAACACCAGGCUGAGAUAUUCAAAUCAGUUCAAAUGAAGGCACUUAAAGGGGCCAUAAAGACAUGAACAGCACUGUGGAGUGUAAAUCCAAGCAACUACAGAUCUGUUACAUGUUUGACAUUCUAGACACGCCUAUCCCGGCCACAUUCAGUGCCUCGGCUUAUAAGAACACAUACAUGUGAUCUUGUUUGACAGAUUUAAUGCACUUAUAUUUUUAUAUCAUUAUGCUUUUUUUUAUGAAAAUUAUUCAACAAAUGUGAAUUAAACUGGCAUGUAUUGUUUAUAUAUUAACUUAUGGUAUUGUUUUAAUUGUAUGAGUGAUUUAUGUGAAUGAGUGUUAACAACUUGACUAAACAUGUUGUUGGUUUAUGUCAAAGGCAUAAUUUUAUUUCACUUGAUCAAUCACACACAUACAUUUUUGAGAACAUAUCAUUUUAUAAUAUUGUAAUUGCAGUCACCUCAUUAAGUUUGAAGUGCAUAGCAAUUUUAGGUUAUAUUUUUAUGUUCGAUCUUUCGGUUUUAACUGGAAGUCUCAUCAAAAGCGGAAGCUGUGAUCCUUUUUUUUACCUAGAUGUGUUUUUUUGUUAGUGAACAUUACAAAACUAGCAUUUCAAAGGCCAUGCAGUAGAUUAGUUAAAGUUAGGACUGCUAUUCCUUAGAUUUGUUCACUGCCACUAUUACAUUAUUAGUAGACUUGGCAUAGACAAUUAGAAAACAUGAACAUAUACACAUUGUAAUCUUAGACUCAAGUUCAGUGUAUGCCAGAAAAGUCCUCAUAUGUUAAAUAGUUUGUUACUAUUUUUUAAGUUACAUAUGCAAAGGUUUAAAUAUGCUGUUUUGCUAGAUCCAACUACAUAUAUUUUAAAAUGUUACCUGGCAACCACUGCAGAAUACAAGUUUAAUAUACGCGACCUAUUUGCUGAUGCCUAGGGACCAGGAAGUGAUAUCAAAUCUAGAGAUAUGAUUAUUUAUCAAUGCUUAAUAGUGAUAAAAUAAUGGCAUCACAAAUUUAAACCUCUAAAUUCCCCAAAACCAAUUGAAAAAAAAUAAAUAUAUUUUUUAAAACAAUACAGUAUUUUGAGUCAUUAUUUAAAAGAAAUACUGGGAAACAUAUAUUUAAAACUAUUAGUAAUUAAUCUUAUAGGGGUGUUACAACUUUUUACAAUUGUUUUCCUUUUUAUUUACCUUUUUAUAGUUUGUUCUCAUAUACCUCUCCAUUUUUGUUUUGUUUUUGAAAUGUUUCAUAACUUACCUUAUUUAUUAAAAUGUUGUGUGGUUUUUAAAUGGACAGACAAGUCCCAGAAGGCGAUCGAGUUUCACUGGAUUUCCGCUUACAAGCUUGCAAGCACUUUCUGUCCAGACAUAAUCUCUCUUAUGGAUUGAACAUGAGACCUUUAAUGUUUAUAAUAUAAUUAUUUUUGUGAAGUCAGCAAAUUGCUCACUGCUGUGUUUAUGUUUAUUUUUUUCCUAAGCAUGUGUCUUGACAUGUUAUUAGCGCUUUUCUUUAAAACAAAUUAAACUUUUUGAUUUAAAAACAUUCUCCUAAAAGUAAUAUUAUUAUUAAAAAGUUUGGGCAACAGCAGCCUUAUACCCAUGCAUUUGCUGUUGCAUAUAGCAACUAAGACAGCUAUAUAAGUGUGACUAGAAACAGAUUUGUGUCCUGUGCCUUUUUGUCAUUUUAUCGUUAACCAAGAAUUACCAGUUAUAAUGGUGACGUCCAUGUCGUAUGUGAUAAAGCGAUGCUGCUGAAUGUUAGAUUUACAUGAAUCUUGUUUUGCCAUGUUUUGUGGUAUAAAAUGGUUAUUACUGUAUAUCUAUCUAUUAAAUGAUUUCCAUCAA